AUGAAGCUUUUCUGGCUUUCUUUCAAUGAGCCCACUACCGCGCCAAGUCUUUCGGAGAAAAAAAUCGCUGGUGAAGAUGUCUUCAAUUGUCUGCAAAAGAGAAUGGAUGCUGUUUGCAGCGAAGUUUCGGAAGGAGUCUACCCUUUUGCCCGAAAGAGCGACGCCUUUGCCGAUUGGUAUUGCUACGCUGGCUUUGACGACGACUUGGAGAUUUCAAACGAGUGCAUUUUAUGGGCGGGUCGGCCUAAGGCUCCUUGCACCCCAUUUAUGCUGGAUGGCUAUGACACUCUUUUUACUUGUUUUUUCCUUCUUCGCACAGAACAUUUUGAUUUCGAAGAGUCGUUUAUUCAAGAGAAAACGAAGUUUACUUAUGAAGACUUGCAGCUUACCGCUGAUUUGGGCUUCUGGAAUCAAUCCUGCAAGCCACAAGAGGGCGCAAUCUUCCAUAAAAAGCAUAAAACUGGAUCAACGACAUUCAAAAAUCUGAUCGACAGAUACUUCAACCUGAGAAACAUGUUUUCUCUGGUCGAAGAGCCGCACAUGAUCUACUCGACGGGCUGUUAUCCGGCCAAAUUCAACAAAAAUGGAUCUUUCGCAGUGAAAAUAUUCACAUCAGUACGCGACCCUCUCGCUACUUUCCGCUCCGCCUUCAAUUACUUCUACUCUUCGAUUUCGAAAAGAGUCAGCGACGGAUGCAACGUCAUUUGCUGGGAAGCGCCCUUCGAAUCCAUCGUUCGCCGCUCAAAUUCGACUUUCGAAAACGAGAAGCCGGACAUCAACGAGUUCUUGAGCAUUCUGCCGGAGAACUACGACGCGGCAGAUGGCUGGAACUUCCGAGUGCGCAAUCUUCAAUCCUACGAAAUGGGCUUGGACAUGGACAAAAUGGACGACUUUCUCUUCGUCAAGCAGUAUUUUGAGAAGCUCGACACUCAGUAUGAUUUAGUCUUGAUACAGGGGAUGAAAUCAGUUGCCAUCAGAAAUUUUUAA